GCGGCGCAUAUAUGUGACGUCAUUAAGCGGCGCCGAACGUGCGGUAGUGGCUAGCGAACGCUAACAACAACAACUCGCUGAAACAGUCGUUGUUCUGAGGCAUUUAUUUCGUUUAAGUUCAAGUAUAUUGCAUUAAAGCGACAGGAAUGUCUCUGGAGACUGUCCCGAAAGAUCUGCGCCAUUUGAGAGCAUGUCUGCUGUGCUCUCUUGUCAAGACUAUUGAUCAGUUCGAGUAUGAUGGAUGUGACAACUGUGAAUCAUACCUGCAGAUGAAGGGCAAUCGAGAGAUGGUUUAUGAAUGCACAAGCUCUUCUUUUGAUGGUGUCAUUGCUAUGAUGAGCCCAGAGGACAGCUGGGUGGCAAAAUGGCAAAGAAUCGGUAACUUCAAGCCAGGUGUCUACGCGGUCACAGUAACGGGUCGGUUACCUCCAGGUGUGGUGCGAGAGCUGAAGAGCAGAGGCGUCAUCUACAGGUCCAGAGACACGGCUGUUAAAACAUGAACACUGUUUAUGAGGACUGCUGCUCUGCUAUUGUCUGUUAUGUCAUUUAUUAUCUUAUGAUUUUCUUUUCUACUUUCAUUACACAAGUAUUUGGAGUGCAUCUGAUGAUGGAUAAAUGAUUUAUUCCAUGCAAAGGAUUUAAACAUUAAAGUUUUACAAACAG